AUGCGGGCGCAGCCACGGUUUGAUCCCAGCGCCAUGGAGCCGCCGCCGCCGCCGAUCAGCGGGGUCCAACGCCGCGGCCGCUCACGUAUCGCCUUUCUCAAGGCUUUUCUCGUCGGCCUCGGCGGCUCGGCGUACUGGGCUUGGAUUCACGCGGGGACCGAGUCGGCCCCGGCGCCCGCGCCGCCACAGGAGGAGGAGGACGAGGGCCCGGCACGCUACAUCCCCAUCAAGGCCUACUUUCUCUCCACCAGCAUUGAUCUGAAGAGCAUGCAAGCGGAGCAUGGGAAUGAUAUUGUACCUCCGCCGACCUGUUCGUUUAACUACAUUGCGCUUCGAUACUCCGAGUUCCCACCUGAGAUUAUUUUCCAGUAUGGUUCUGUUGUGCUUUUCAGCAUUGCUGAUCAUGAAGCUGAGUACUAUCUUGAUAUAAUUAGGAAGCAUGCUUCAGGAUGGCUUCCAGAGACGAGAAAAGAUGAUUAUGCAGUGGUUGAGAAACCAUCCUUGACAACAUGGAUGAAAGGAGGUCUUGAUUAUAUAGUUCUUAAAAGUUUGGACACGGAUGGGAUUUGCAUAAUUUCAAGCGUUCUUGGUCAAAGUAUCGCCCUUGAUCAUUAUAUUCGACAGGAAUUGGUUUAUACAACAUUCUUCAUUGGAACCCAAAUAUAUCAAGCUCUGUCUCCAUAUUAUAUGGUUAAGUUCUUUAAAAAGACAGCCUUGACAGUUCUGAAGCACAAAGAGAUGUACUUAAGACCCAUAACAGGUGAAGAAUCUGGUUGUGUUAGUCCUAUUGAAUCUGAAGAAGUUCCUGAGAAUUCUAGAACGGAAGAGGCUAUAACCGAGGAAGGAAAUCCAUAUCUCACUACAGAGCACGAAGUGCAGGGCCGCCGUCGCUACCGGCGCAGUCCUAACCCAUGCGCGAGGCUAGGUUGUCGACAUUGUGGCAGCCCGCAGCUAGGCAAGGUGUGGCCUACGCAGCGGGCGGAGAAGGCGGCGUGUGGCGCUCAUGGUUGA